AUGGCUUAUUCUUCUCAACUAGGCUUACAAGACGCAACAUCCCCAAUUAUAGAAGAGUUAAUAAAUUUCCACGACCACACCCUAAUAAUCGUAUUCUUAAUUAGUUCUCUAGUUCUUUAUAUUAUUACUCUUAUAUUAACGACAAAUCUUACCCACACUAAUACUAUAGACGCACAAGAAGUGGAAACUGUCUGAACAAUCCUACCAGCCGUAAUUCUAAUCAUAAUCGCCCUUCCAUCCCUACGAAUUUUGUAUAUAAUAGAUGAAAUCAACAACCCAGUCCUUACAGUAAAAACUAUAGGACAUCAAUGAUAUUGAAGCUAUGAAUACACUGACUACGAAGAACUGUGCUUCGACUCUUAUAUGAUUCCUACAAACGAACUAAAACCAGGAGAUCUACGACUGCUAGAAGUAGACAAUCGAGUGGUUCUACCAAUAGAACUACCAAUUCGCAUAUUAAUUUCAUCUGAAGACGUCUUACACUCAUGAGCUGUCCCAUCCCUAGGAUUAAAAACUGAUGCCAUCCCUGGGCGACUAAAUCAGGCUACAAUUUCAUCCAACCGACCUGGCCUAUUCUACGGCCAAUGCUCAGAAAUCUGUGGCUCCAAUCAUAGCUUUAUACCCAUCGUAUUAGAAAUAGUCCCACUAAAAAACUUUGAAAACUGAUCAGAAUCAAUAAUCUAG